ACAAUUUCUACAGUUUACGGAAAGUUUUGUCAUGCAGAUAACAGCGCGAAAUACAUUUACACUGUAAAAUACUGGUCAGCCUUGUUUUGGCAGAGCCACAAGGUGGCGCUAUUGCCAAGGAAGGUGCUACGACUUCAGCUUUUACGAGUCCAUCAGCGCUCAGUGGGGAGCUGCGCUCAGACGUCUGAAUGCCCCGGGAGGCAGCGGCUGUGCGCCGGGAACGGGUGACAAAGGAUUAUUACAGGGAAGCGCGGCUGGAAUCGCUACACACAGAGUCAGUCUUGAGGAGAAAUCGUUUCCCGUCUAGCACAAGUAGAGAAGCUGCCGCAGCUUGACAGGGGGGCCUGUGUUCAGAUCUGACUGGGCCUGGCUGGCGCAAUGGCGAAUCUCUUCAGGACAAGGCAAGUUCUCUCUCUCGCUCUGUGUCUGUGGGUGUACCUGGCGGAGGGCGGGACGAGCCGCUAUUCUGUGCCGGAGGAGAAGAAAAGCGGGUCGCUAGUUGCUAAUAUCGCAAAGGAUUUGAAUGUGGCCGUAGGGACCUUGUCUGCUCGCAGGGCGCGGCUGGUUUCUAAAAGCACCAGGCAGUAUUUUGAGCUGAACGCGCGGUCCGGGGAUGUGAGAAUAAAGGAGAAAAUAGACCGGGAGGAGCUGUGCGGACAGAGUGACCCGUGUGUGCUGCAAUUCGAAAUUGUGCUGGAAAACCCACUGCAGCUGUACCCAGUGGAGGUGCAGAUCGAAGAUGUGAAUGACAAUUCCCCGAAAUUCUCCAAGAGUGAAUUCGGUUUACAAAUACCAGAACAGAUCCCCGUAAACACCCGCUUCCCUUUGGAAGGAGCCGAAGAUGCAGACAUAGGAACAAACGGCAUCCAGAGCUACGCAAUCAGCUCUAAUGAGCAUUUCCGUCUGGAUGUGCAAACCCACAGCGACGGCAGCAAAUACGCGGAGCUUGUGCUCGAGAAACAAUUAGAUCGCGAGGCGCAGGCGCAGUUGAUGCUGAUUCUCACCGCUGCAGAUGGGGGCCGCCCACAGAGAACCGGCACAGCCCAAAUACGCGUCAGUGUGCUGGAUGUUAACGAUAACUUCCCCCAGUUCAGCCAGUCCGUGUACAGGGCGCAGUUACCGGAGAACAGUCCUAGAGGUACCUUGGUCACCAGGGUGGAGGCCAGUGAUUUGGAUGAAGGCUCAAAUGCAGAAAUCAGCUAUUCCUACGGGCAAGUGCCUGAGAGAGUCCUCGAGUUAUUUCAGCUCAAUCCGUCCACCGGGGAAAUCACUGUGCUGGGGACAAUUGAUUAUGAACAAACGACAAAGUAUGAAAUAGAAUUUCGGGCCAAGGAUGGGGGCGGGUUGUCUGCGCACUGCAAAGUGCUGGUGGAGAUCGAGGACAUGAAUGACAACGCCCCGGAGGUGACGCUGACGUCCCUCAGCAGCACCAUCCCCGAGGACUCCGCCCCGGGCACCGUGGUGGCCUUGUUCAGUGUGAGAGACCGGGACUCCGGGGACAACGGCAGAGCAGCCUGCUCCAUUCCGGGCAAUGUCCCUUUCGCUUUGAAAUCGACUGUGCAGAACUAUUACGAGCUUGUCACACGGGGGCCCCUGGACCGCGAGGCGGUGGCCGAGUAUAACAUCAGCAUCACAGCCACGGACCGGGGCGCUCCCCGGCUCGCCUCGGAGAGGGUGAUCCGCGUGCAGCUGUCGGAUGUCAAUGACAACCCGCCGGUGUUUACCGAGCCGUCCUACGUCAUGUACCUGAAGGAGAACAACCUCCCGGGGCUCUUGAUCGGCUCUGUCCACGCUGCGGACCUGGACACCGAGCAGAAUGCCAAAGUGACGUACUCGGCGUUGCCUGGCGACGUGGGCGACCUCCCCUUCUCCUCCUACGUCUCCAUAAACUCCGACAGCGGCCACGUGUACGCGCUGCGAUCCAUGGAUUAUGAGCGAACGAGGGAUUUCGAGGUGCGGGUGCGCGCUGCGGAUGGCGGGUCCCCCCCGCUGAGCUCUGAAGCCACCGUCCGGGUUGUGAUCUUGGACGAAAACGACAACGCGCCCUUCCUGUUAUACCCUCUGCAGAACAGCAGCUCCCCCGCCAGUGAGCUGGUGCCCCGCUCGGCGGGGCCGGGUUACCUGGUGACGAAGGUGGUGGCCGUGGACGGAGACUCGGGCCAGAAUUCUUGGCUUUCCUACCAGCUGCUGAGAGCCACGGACCCCGGUCUCUUCACGGUCGGUCUCCAGAGCGGGGAAGUGAGAACCAGCAGGCCGGUAACGAGCCCGGACUCUGUGAAACAGAAACUGCUCGUGCUGGUGAGAGACAACGGCGACCCGCCCAGAUCCACCACCUCCACGCUGAACGUGCUCCUGGUGGACGGGUUUUCGGAGGCCCACCUGCAGCUCGUGGAUGUGCCCCAAGAGGAGGGGCAGCAGGACACGUUAACCCUGUAUCUCGUCAUUGCUUUGUCUUGCAUUUCGUUCCUUUUCCUGCUGUCCGUGGUGACAGUGAUCGCCACCCGGCUGUACAAGGCGAGGCAGGGCCAAGAGCGGUACAUGGCAUCGUCCAGGAACUUCUAUUGUGAGCCCAGCUUCCCCACAAACCCCGCGGACACGAGUGGCGCCGGGACUCUGCCUCAGUCUUAUUGUUACGAGGUUUGCUUGACCACGGGCUCUGGCACCAGCGAAUUUAAGUAUCUUCGGCCGCUGCUACCGACCGUGCCCGCUGAGCCCAGCGCUGCAGGAGGCUCCGUUCUGGACUCUCAGGUUAGUUCCCAGCUAAAGGAGGAAAAGGAAUCUCGGAGAGAGGUGAGUGCUCAUGGUACUUUAUUCGCGUCAAUACCUACUUUGAAUGUUCGUAUUUGUGAUGCUCUGGAAACCGUUUCAAAGGGAAUCAGAACCAUUCAUGUGGAUGCUACUUUCUGGUACUGGGACUACAGCCUUCUGCAAGGAGUGUCAGUGGUUGCCGCGUAAAUGCACGAGAGGGUG